AUUUCCCCGUGGAUGGUGACAGUUCAUCUCGAGGCAAAAAUGGAGUAGUUUGCUGAACCAUAUUUCUGUUCAAAGCAGCCCAUGUGCGGUCUGUGCACUGUGGUUUUCAGCCGUGAACAUAUUUUCAUGCUCUUGUUGUAAAGAAAGCGUUUGUUAGAAGGGAAGAUUUAUUCUGUCUGUACAAUGAAUCUCAAUUGCUGAUGGAUUUUCAGACAGUUUUGACCCAACAUGUCUUUGUAUUAUUAUAAGCCCAGUUUAUUUCAAGUCUUUUAAUUGCGGCUACUUAUGUUUGGGAAGACAAGAAUACUGUUGCCUCGGUUCAAAACGUGUUAACAAGUUUUUUCAGUGAUGCGCAAAGGAGAAAAUUGGCAUGAACCAAUUGAAACAAAUCCAUGCCUACACUCUAAGGAAUGGCAUUGACCAUAACAGGUUCCUCAUAAUUGAGCUCCUGCGAAUCCCAAACAUCCCUUACGCUCACAACUUGUUCAGUCAAAUUUCAAGGCCAAAUGUUUUUCUUUACAACAAGCUCAUUCAAGCCUACUCUUCUCAGAAUCAACCUCACCAAUGCCUUUCCCUCUACGCCCAAAUGUGCAUAAAAAACUGCUCCCCAAAUCAACACUCCUUCACUUUCCUCUUCACCGUUUGUGCUUCUCUCAAUUCCCUUCCUCAUGCCCAAACCCUGCAUUCCCAUUUUCUUAAAUCGGGAUUUCAAAGCGAUGUUUUCGCCUUGACUGCUUUGGUUGAUAUGUAUGCGAAACUGCGCCGAUUAGAAUUAGGACGAAAGAUGUUUGAUGAAAUGCCGGUUAAAGAAGUGCCCACUUGGAAUUCAAUAAUUGCGGGCUAUGCAAAAUGCGGUCAUAUGGAGGCAGCAUUAGAAUUAUUUAGGUUAAUGCCAGCUAGGAAUGUCGUUUCAUGGACAGCAAUUAUCUCUGGUUUCGCCCAAAAUGGAGAGUAUCCAAAGUCCUUAUCAAUGUUUUUGAAAAUGGAGGCUGAGAAAGAUGUUAGGCCUAAUGAGGUUACCAUAGCCAGUGUGAUACCAGCUUGCGCAAAUCUUGGGGCAUUAGAGAUUGGACAGAGGAUUGAAAAAUAUGCAAGAGAGAAUGGUUUUUUCAAGAAUAUUUAUGUGUGCAAUGCUGUAUUGGAAUUGUAUGCUAAGUGUGGAAAAAUUGAUGUGGCAAAGAAGUUGUUCAAUGAGAUUGGGAAGAGGAGAAAUUUGUGCUCGUGGAAUUCUAUGAUCAUGGGCUUGGCUGUUCAUGGAAAAUGUAAUGAUGCUCUUGAGCUUUAUGAGCAAAUGCUGAGGGAAGGACCUGGGCCUGAUGAUGUUACAUUUGUUGGACUCUUCUUAGCAUGCACUCAUGGAGGCAUGGUAAAAAAGGGCCGAGAACUUUUUGAAUCCAUGGAGAAGAGGUUUGAUAUUCCUCCAAAACUGGAACACUUUGGAUGCAUGGUUGAUCUCCUGGGUCGUGCCGGCCAAUUACAAGAAGCUUAUGAUCUUAUACAAACUAUGCCUAUGAAACCAGAUUCUGUAGUAUGGGGUGCUCUUUUGGGAGCGUGCAGUUUUCAUGUUAAUGUUGAGUUGGGUGAAAUAGCAGCUGAGUCUCUCUUUAAGCUAGAACCCUGGAAUCCGGGAAACUUUGUUAUUCUUUCCAAUAUAUAUGCAUCUGCAGGAAAGUGGGACGGGGUAGCAAGGCUAAGGAAGGCAAUGAAAGGUUGUCAGAUUUUGAAGGGAGCAGGAUAUAGUCUCAUUGAAGAGGGAGGUGAUAUUCAUAAAUUCAUUGUAGAGGAUAAAAGGCAUGCUAGAUGUGAUGAGAUAUAUGCCCUACUGGAUGAGGUUUCAGCAAAAAUGAAACUUCCAAGGUAUGUAACUUACUUUACAACUGAACUUGAAGAACUAUGCCUGCUAGAGUAGAAAUAUCAGGUAUAGUGAAUCUAUGUACGGAUGGCUUUUAACCUUACAUGUUAAAAAAUUUAGUUUAAUUAAAAAAUUUAUUAGACUAGCUUGAAUACCUGGUUUAGGAAACCACUGAAGGUGAUCACAAAUGUGAAUGAAUGAAUUGAAUUAGUCGUGUUGUCAUAAUUAGCAAUUUUAAAAAAAGAACCAGCUUUCCAGGAAAGUUCUGUGAGUGUAAUGCAAGGAAAUUAUUAUUGUGAUUGAGAUUAUGUAUGCAUGUGGAAUUUACAAUUUGAUUUUAA